UCAACAUUCGAGCUUCGACAUUCAAACGGUCAAAUGCUAUCAGUACGCGUCACAGAAAAACGAAUUAAAUUUGAACGGUAAAAAAUAAUAAUCCCAGUGAAGAAGUGUUGAAGAAAUUGUUUUAAGUAAAUUCGUUCGGUGUUUUAAGAACCCAAUUGUUUUGUUUUAUAAUCGAAAACCAUUUUUUUGUGUAAUAUCAAUCGAAUACGGACAAUUUUAAUAGUACAAAGUAAUAUGUCGUCAUCCGGACAAUUGAUUUUGUUAGUCAGUGAUGAACCAGCAAAAGAAGUCAUUUAUGAACCGGUAAACGGGACUCUACAUGUGGGGUCAGACAAAUUGAAAUCGAAUGUUUGCCUAGAGGGUCUCAGAGACCUCGCAUUCAGUAUUUACAUCGACUCCAGCGGCAGGGUCUGCAUCGAGUUUCACAUGAAAAGAAUUCACGUCAAUGGUACGAGAGUAAAACAGCAUUCCGGGCGUCCACUGCAUAACAAUACGAUCUUAGAAGCUGGCCCUCAUAAAUUCAUUUGGAAAUAUGAUCAAAGACUUUAUAAAAGUUACUCAUUUCCGUCACUGUUGCUUGCCAGUAAGAGUAUGUACGAAGAGGAAGCUGUCUUCAACAAAAAUCGUAGAACGAUGAACUGUCUUGCUGUUGGAUCAUCAAACGACGAGAACGUUGAGGGUGAAUCCCAAACAAACAACAGUAAAACGCCUGAACCAAUGCCGGCCGAAGCGUCUGAAAACAGGAAAAGCUCACAUUUCGGCCUUGCUGUUGGAUCAUCAAACGACGAGAACGUUGAGGGUGAAUCCCAAACAAACAACAGUAAAACGCCUGAACCAAUGCCGGCCGAAGCGUCUGAAAACAGGAAAAGCUCAACGAAGCGGCGAACCAGCCUCAUUCCUGUCAAGCCGAACCGUACAUCGGAACUGCGCCGAUCGAUCGUGCGAUCCAAGUCGGUGUGCCAUGAACCGAUGACGUUUCAAUACAGAACGCCGAAGAAACCGAUUCCGAGUGCUGCGAUGGCAAAGAGCGUCAGUGCUAUCAUGCGCAGCGAAUCACGCCUGGGCGAUAAUCGACUACCGCUGUCGGCACGUAAAUCGCUGGGUAAUUUCCCGAAAAUGAUCGAUGGACUGAAUUUGUUCAACGUUGUCACGGACGAAAUGAGAGCGGUCGGUCCAAGAAAGUAUAUGUCGCAAAAAUUCGGUGCAACCAGCAGUCCGAAGAGAACGCCGAAAAAGGCUCUCGUAAAAACGAAACGACUAAGCCUACGGUCUGAGCUGACCGAAAUCGGCCUCAUGCGAGCUCAGGACAUCGGUAUGUCAUCAGAAGAUCGGCAGCAAUUAAAAGCAAAUGUUACCCUACCAAGCACUCCAGUAAACGCUAAGUCAUCAAGUACUUCGGCAGCAAAUGUUACAUUCACUCCCGAAGCUAAUGCAUCGACCAACGUUUCGUCCGUGGAAAAUAUUAUUGCGCCGGAAGCAAAUGUUACAUUCCCAGGCACUCCUGAAGCAAAUGCAUCGCCAUCAGAAAAAGAGUCGACCAACAUCUCGGCGGUGGAAGAUGUUAUUGAGCCAGAAGCAAAUGUUACAUUCACUGGCACUCCUGAAGCAAAUGUAUCGCCAUCAGAAAAAGAGGCGGUGAACACUGCCAGUUUAACCCCGGAACUUAAUAGAUUAGCGAGCAGUUCUUCUGUAGAGAUUGUUUAUUCCGACGAUGAAAGCUCCGAUUCAUACUCAAUUAUAAGUGUUGACGAUGACUCAGAAUUCAAUGACGACGACGCUUCUCCGGGCAUAAUAGCUGGAAUGAAUAGUGAAAGCAUCAACAACGAUAAAUCAACAACUGAAGAUUGUCCAGAAAUUGAACAAUCAGAACAACUGAAUACGCCACCGGAAGAUUCGUCCGAAAAAUCACUUUCUGGAUCCCGACUUUCGAGUAUUUCCACUCCUACCAAGGUUCUGCCCAUUCGAGCAAGACGAAAUAGCCGUCCGUGCAGUUUGUAUGAAUGUUGCAGUCCAUCAACCACUUUUUCCACACCGACAAAGAGCAAGAUGGCCAACAAUGUGGUUUCAACUCCCAGAUCGAUUUUGAAAACACCAAAAGCCACGAAAACACCCAAGAAAACUGUUCGAAUUCUGGAAGAAUUACACGAAGAAGAGGACGAUGGUCCAAAAACGAAUAAUCAGUCCGCUGAUGCGCGAACUUCAGUCACCGAUCAAUUCGUUCAAAAUGAAAUGGGAACUGAAGCACCAAAAAUAUCUGUGGACUCGAAUGAAGUCCACCCUGAAAGCAUUUCAAUGGAUGGAAGUGAUGAUGUUUUCGAAGCAAUUGAUAUCAAGCGCGAAUCAACAGAACUAUCAGUUGAAACGGGCACCAUGGCCCGUGAUUCGGGAAUAAUUUCAUCCAGCGGAACGUUAGUUGGUAAAUCAGUGGUAGUUCAAAGACCCACGCCAAUUGUAAUCGACACACCAGCUAUAACUGAACUGGUAGUCGAACGACCACCGCCAAUGGAAGUCGAUGCAACAGCCUUAACUGAAAUGCCAUUAGUACUCGAAACACCAGCGCCAAUGUUAGUCGAAACACCAGCUCCAAUGGUAGUCGAAACACAAGCGCCAAUGGCAGUCGAAACACAAGCGCCAAUGGCAGUCGAAACAGCAGCGCCAAUCGUAGUCGAAACAUCAACAAUGGCUGAGCCAUCUGACGAUAAAGCCGACGUCAUCGAUGAAACAACAGAUGUAUCUGGUCAAUGCGGCGACACUGAUGUAAUAACCGAGACAAACGUGGAUCAAUUCACCACUUCUGCAAAUAAUCGUGAGGAAACGAGCUUGUUCGACGAGACAUUCGAGAUUCAUGCAGACUGUUCGUUGACGAGCGUGAUCGAUGAGAUGCAAAAUGUCGAUGACGCGAUAGGGGAAAAAGAGUUGCUGAAUACACCGAAACCAUUCGAUAAGACCAAUUUAGUCGGAAUGAAGGAGCUCCUAAACACACCAGAAGCUUUGAACGAUACGGCAGAUAUGCGAGGCGUGAGAGACAUGUUGAAGACGCCCAAAGUGCUGGAUCGAACAAAUUGUGUAGGGUUGAAGGAACUAUUGAACACUCCCGAUACUUUGAACGAGACGGCAGAUAUGCGAGGCGUGCGAGACAUGUUAAAGACGCCCAAAGUGCUGGAUCGAACAAAUUGUGUAGGAUUGAAGGAACUAUUGAACACUCCCGAUACUCUGAACGAGACAGCAGAUAUGCGAGGCGUGCGAGACAUGUUGAAGACACCUAAGGAUCUCGAUCGAACCAAUUGUGUAGGAUUGAAGGAACUAUUGAAGACUCCCGAUACUCUGAACGAGACAGCAGAUAUGCGAGGCGUACGAGACAUGUUGAAGACGCCUAAGGAUCUCGAUCGAACCAAUUGCGUAGGAUUGAAGGAACUCUUGCACACUCCUGACGUUCUGAACAAGACGGCAGAUAUGCGAGGUAUUCGUGAAAUGUUGAAAACGCCGAAGAGGCUCGAUCAAACCGAUUUCGUCGGCGUCAAAGAGCUUUUGAAAACUCCGUGCAAUCGUGACGAUACUCAUCUCGAAGGUGUCAAUGAACUCCAAAAAUCACCGGAUGUACCAGUUGAACAAAUGCAAGAUCUUCCAAAAUCGCCGGAUGCACCAGUUGAACCAAAUCAAUCCGAUCAGUCAACCGCCGUAGCCGAUAAGAAAUACAAGAUACUCGUCAAGUACAACUCAAGGCAGUCACUCAUUGCUCUAGUGAACAGUCAACUGGAAGUAAGUGGCCUUCCAAUCCUAACAGAACAAGAAUUAUGGCCCGCUGUUGCUGUGCCCGCACCAGUUCAAACAAUGGCAGUUGAACCAGUGCCAGUUGAACCCAUGUCAGUUGAACCCAUGUCAGUUGAAGCAGUGCCAGUUGAAGCAGUGCUAGUUGAAGCAGUGCCAGUUGAAGCAGUGCCAGUUGAAGCAGUGCCAGUUGAAGCAGUGCCAGUUGAAGCAGUUCCAGUUGAACCAGUACCAGUUGAACCAGUACCAGUUGAACCAGUACCAGUUGAACCAGUACCAGUUAAACCAGUACCAGUUAAACCAGUACCAGUUAAACCAGUACCAGUUGAACCAGUACCAGUUGAACCAGUACCAGUUGAAGCAGAGGCAACUGAAGCAGUGCCAGUUGAACCAGUACCAGUUGAAGCAGAGGCUACUGAAGCAGUGCCAGUUGAACCAAUGGUUGUGGCAGUUCCAGUUGAUCCAAUUGAAGUAACCGCAGAACAAGAAGGAACGAACGCAGUCGAGACAAAGAAAGAAGCCAGCAAUGGCACUAAAACAUUCAAAUCGGAGAACAAUCAAUCUUUCCCACAAAACGAAACUCCUGAACCAGAUGUAGAGGUUCAAGCAUCGAAUGACAACGUCGCUGAACAGAAUGAAGACAAAGCUGAGCCGAGUGCUCUCGUAAAUCCAAAAACUGAGUCUAAAUUUUUGAAUGUACUGAGGAAAAACCGAAAUCGCCAGCUGAGCGCAAUCGAGGCACAGGAGUCUCAAGGUAAAACUGCUUUGGAAAAGGACGAGACUGCAGAUGCAACUACUGCACCUUCAAAAGUGACUGUGGCAUUAAAAGCUUCGAAGACGCCAAUCAGAACGAGAAAACCGAAAGCAAGUGCCGUGGAUCCGAAUGCUGAAGAUGUCUCGGAAGAUGAAGAUGCUGAGGAAGUAACUGCGAAAGCUUCAAAAUCGGUAAGAUCUGUUACCAGAACAAGACGAGGAAAAGCCAGUGUAGCCGAAGAUAAAAAGGCCGCGGAAAAAGAAGACACGAAACAUGAAAAAUCGAAAAUUGAAGUUAAGAUUGAAAAAACGCCUAGUAGAACGAGGAAGGACGAAGCGAAAGCUACUGAGUCUCGGGAUGAAAAUGUUUUUGAAAACGAUGAGACCAUGGAAGCAACACCAUCUGAGCCUAAAGUUCUAACUAGGAAACGUAUAGCAAGCGUUCCGGUCAGCCAAACAACAGUUCCAAAAUCUCGCAGACGAAAAGCAGAUCAGGUUGAUUCGGCAGUAGUUGAUGGUAAAAUCGAUUCAGAACGUGUUGACACUGAGCAAUCAAGCAAUAAGUUGAUGGUCCCGAAAACAAGAAACCGAGCAGCGAGUGCUGCCGAACCACUGGAGUCUAAGGAAAAAGUUGGAUCGAAGGUUGCAAGUACUCGUAAACGUAAGGCAACAGUUGCUGAAUCGAAAGAAGAAAAUAAAUCUGCUUCAUCAAGCACCUCCGAAUUCAAAAUCCCAAGAAAACGUCAACGUCAAGCCAGCAACAUGGAUCAGCAGGAAUCUCAUGAUGAAAGCGCCUCGGAAUCAUCUCAAGUCACAGAAGCCGACUCGGAGCUCUUGAACGUCAAAUCUAAAGCAACAAGAGCUCGACAAUUUCCAACUUUAAAAGGUGCAGCAAAGAAAACUUCUAGAAGUACACGCGCAGCUAAGAAUGAAUCGAGCGACAUGGAUCAGCAGGAGUCUCACGAUGAAAAUGUAUCGGAAUCAUCUCAAGCCACCGAAGCCGAUUUGGAGUUGUUAAAUGACCAUGCUAAGAGCACCCGAUCCCGAAAACGUACCACACCAAAAGAUCCACCAAAGAAAACUGCUAGAAAUACACGCGCAGCGAAAAAUACUUCAGUUGACAUGGAUCAGCAGGAGUCUAACGAUGAAAGCGCCUCGGAAUCGUCUCAAGUCACAGAAGCCGAUUCGGAGCUCUUAAACGUUAAAUCUAAAGCAACAAGAGCUCGAAAACUUCCAACGCCAAAAGGUCCACCAAAGAAAGUUGCUAGAAGUACACGGGCAGCUAAGAAUGCAUCGAGCGACAUGGAUCAGCAGGAGUCUUACGAUGACAAUGCAUCGGAAUCAUCCCAGGCCACAGAAGCCGACUCGGAACAAGCAAACGUUCCGGCUAAUGUCACAAGAUCUCGAAAUCUUACAGUUCCGGAAAAUCGACCCACGAGAGCUGCCAGAGGUGCACGUUCCACUACAAGAGCAGAAUCUGUAUCAGAGCUGGAGCGACCUACGAGGGCCACUUCAAAACGGACACGACAAAUGAGCCAAAGUGUUACGACUGAAAUUGGUGAAUCUUCGAAUAUAGCCACAACAAAGGGGCGCAAAGUCAGCGAAGCUGAGGAAUCCACAUCGAGCACGGCAACACGCAGUCGACGUGGUCAGACGACCAAAACUGAAACUCCUGUUGCUGGAAAACGGCCGAGACGCGGCAUGAAGUAAACAUUUUUAUGUAAAAUUCAUUUAAUUGUAAUAUCUGUUCUUUUUUCAUCUAAAAUUAAAAAUUAAUUGAAGUUAUUCUA